AUGGGCGCUCGUGGUAAUGUAGCUGAGUCGUUAUCGUGUCAAGCUCGCAUGCUGCACUGCCACGGUUCGACUCCCUCUGGGGAUGUUGUCCCCAGCACGCAAUUGACGAAAGCUCGGCUCGGUUUCACCCGAAACGAGGAAGGAUGUCUCAUGAACUGCCUCAACCUGAAGGUGAUGCUAAAGCCUAACGGCUGCAGAACGGGAUUUGGCCGCCGUCUUCAG